UGGCGUAUUUUGACUUGGGUUAUACUGUUACACUUCACGCUAUUGUGCACAUUAAUGCUGGCUAGCCUAUGGAGUCAUGGAAGUCUAAAGGUGCGUUCACCUACAUUACACUCACAGCGCCAGCGGUUGCAUCCAGAGCUUAUCUCCAGGAUCUCCGCUGGGCCACGCGGCACAAAUACACACAGAGACCUGACCGUCUUGGGUAGAGCUGUCCCCGGGGUCAGCGAGGUCAAAGAGCCUCGGUCCCAUCCAAAACUGAAGCACAGCUCUGAUGCGGCAAAAUGUCCCCAUGAGGCGCCAAACAAACUCCCCAAGCCCGCUCUGCAGUUCCCGGAUGUUCCCCUGAAGAAAGAAGCGGAGAGUGGAGUAUGACCCUACAUCCUACCCCCUAAAGCUGCUGUUCAGUGCCCUGUGCGGUGCAUGGAAAUGUUUAACGAUGACUUCGACAAACCGAAAGACUACAGUGCCUGGCAGAGUGGCCCUGGGUAGCCGGAUUUUAGCCCACAGGAAUCAGGCGGCCGUGGCGGUGGGAGCCUGGGUGGAAAGCGGCGCGGAGCUGUGGAAGCAUCCGGCUGCCCAGGCAUCUCUGACAGAGGAGCUGCAGGAGGAGAGGAGGAAGAGGAGCGAGCAGAACCUCCUUGUGUUCCAGGAGAAUGUACGCGUCCGUGUGGCCCAACAGGAGAGGCUCAGGAGGAGGGAGAGAGCCGGAGCGCAGCCACAGGUGCGAUCGGCUUCAAAAGCAGAUGAGAGCAGCCCGAGUGAUGGUGAUACACAGGGGACAGCUCAGUGUGGUGCUUGGUCGGUUCGGCGUCGUCUGGCCUGUCCCCUGGAGCCCCAGGAGCCUCCGGUCAGCGCUCAUGAAGAAGCCACUCACAUGGGCAAUGGUGAUGAAGUUCCAUGCAGACACGGUACACUCACCCAGCACAAGGAAAGUGGACCAGAGCAGAGUCCAGACAGGCCAUUGUGCAACAGGAGAGGCAUGGUGCUGUGGCCAAUAGACCACACAGAGGAGCUCCGCAGAGAGAGGCAGACCCACAUCCUGAUGCAGCGGCGGCUUUUUCUGAGCAAAGACAGACAAAAUGUCAAGGAGAACCAAGAGCACAAGAAGCACUUACGGAAGACAGCAAGCCUGAAGGGCCAGAAGGAGCAAGUGCGCCUGGACGAGGAGAGGAAGCUGGUGGAGGCCCAGCUCCUGUCCAGGGCCCAGGAGAGCCUAGAGCAAAGGGAGCAGCAGAUCCAGCACACCCUCAGACAGGAGGCGGCAGCAGAGACCGGAGAGGGGAGGAGAAGGCAUCCACAUAUACCCAAGACUACGAGGCAGAUAAAUGCACUGCGAGCCCAGCUGAGACAGCUGUUUCCUGAGCCAGGACAUGACCUGCCCCCCCUAUGCUGCUGUGGCUCUUUCUGGGAGAGCCACCCAGACACCUGCGCCAACAACUGUGUGUUUCACAACAACCCCAAAGCAUAUGUCCAGGCUUUACAGACUGUGGUCCACUGCUGGGAUCUGCUCUGAUCUCCGAAGGUCCACUCAUUGGGUGCUGAUACAGCGUUCAAAUGGCCCUCAAGAUGGCAGGCUGAUACUGCUGUAAUCUGGCUACUGACCGCUAGGGCUGGCUGGUUUGGCUACUGUAGAAGUUGGUGCCUAUCUAAUAAAGUGGGACUGUGAUUGAUGGUUUGGACUGGGCUGUGUGUUUGCACACGGAAUGAGUGGGUGGCACCCAGGAGGCAGUCUGUAACGCUACUAUGCCUUACCUUAGGAAUAUCCUCUGGGUGUGGAGCAUUUUUAUUCCUUCCUACAUUAUAGCCAUGGGGAGGAAUGAUGAUUACAGUCAGUGGGUUCACUGCUGGGGUCUGCUGAGGAACUCCAGGCAUCACUGAGGUCCACUGCUGGGAUUUUGAACCCCGUGGCUUUUUUAACAUCUAUGCUGUGAUUUUAUUUGGGCUGUAAUUGUAUUGUUGUUUAAAUGGCACUGUUUGUCAGUCACCUUUUUAUGACAUGACACAAAUGUAAAAAUGUAAGAUAAGAUUCUAAGUUUAGAGCUAAACAAACAGUCUCAUUUCAUGAUGUAAUUUGGUGGAAAUCCAUAAAGCUUCUCUCUCUGCCU